AUGCCCUUCAUGUCUUCGCCCGCUGGCUUCCCCUCAGGACCCCCCUCGCCUACAGACCCGCAGAAGAGAAAGAAUGACGAACCGCCGCAAUCGUCGGAGCCCAAGCGGCAGAAAAUCAUGGGAGGUUUCCUGGACGACGAGGACGAGGAUGAAGACCAAGACGCAUUGGAUGCGUUUGGCGAUGCGCAGAUGAGCCAAUUCGAGAUUCAAGAGCAGCCCACCGUGCAACCCACACAGUUCCCGAUUAUUCCAGGACCGCCACAAAAGUCUCCUGACUCGACGCCUUUGGCCAAUCCUCCUGUCGCGAGAGAGCCAAUUGUUGAAUCUUCUGGUCCAUCGAGGAAGCCGGCUGGAGUAUUUCAAAUCAAAACGUGCUCGGGCAAAUCGCAUAAUGUCGCUUCGAGACCUAGCAAACCCGCCAUUCCCUACGAAAGACUCGUUGCUGGCCGAUCUACAACCGCCCCUGGACGGGCUCAGAAGAGCUACUACGGAAUUGAUAUCCAUAAACUGCUUGACGAAGCUGCUCAAGAAAGCCAGGAGAAAGCUUCGAGACCGCCGCCGCCCCCUGCUGUCCAACCAUCCAUUGAAUCGAAUAAUAUGAGUCAUAAGAGCAAGAAAGCAACAUAUGCAAUGUGGACUGAGAAAUACCGAGCUCGGAAAUUCACCGACCUCGUUGGUGACGAACGCACCCACCGAUGGGUUCUCCGCUGGCUUAAGGGAUGGGAUCCGAUUGUCUUCCCCAACAUUGCCAAAUCAAAAGCCAAGAAAGCGAAUAAAGAUGAAGAAGAGCGACCUCAUCGGAAAGUCUUGUUAUUGUGCGGCCCGCCAGGUCUGGGAAAGACCACUUUGGCGCACGUUUGCGCCAAACAGGCAGGCUACGAGGCGCUGGAAAUCAACGCCAGUGACGAGCGAAGCAGAGAUGUCGUCAAGGGCAGAAUCAGAGAUGCUCUUGCCACGGAGAAUGUGAAAGGAAUGAAUGUGGAAGUCGGUGACAGCAAAGUUCGCAAAGCCGGCCGACCCGUUUGUGUCGUCGUUGAUGAAGUAGACGGCGUCGUCAGCGGAUCUGGCGGGGGCGGCGAAGGAGGUUUCAUGAAAGCCUUGAUCGACCUGGUCCUCCUCGAUCAAAAGAAUACGGCCCGCCUGUCUGAAAAGAAUACAAACACCGGCAAGAAAAAGAAGACGGAUAACUUUCGAUUCCUUCGCCCACUCAUUUUAGUUUGCAACGACGUAUAUCACCCCAGUCUACGGCCACUGAGAGCUUCGUCUGUGGCUGAGAUCAUUCAUGUUCGUCAGGCACCAUUGGAAAAUGUCGUGGCACGCAUGAAGAACAUCUUCAUUAGAGAAGGGAUCCCGUCUGAUAACGAUAGCGUGAGACGACUCUGUGAAGCAUCCUGGGGUCUUGCCAGCAGGAAGCAAGGCGGCAACAAACGCAGCGGAUCAGCAGAAGGCGAUAUCAGAAGUCUACUCGUUGCGGCUGAAUGGGUGGCCCAUAAACUCAGAAACGAAAACCCCGCUUCCUCUCUGAAGCUGACCCGGAGCUGGCUUGAGGACAGGGUUCUCAACGGCUCGACUGAGGGUGGUGCAUUUUUCAAGGGUCUAAACCGCGGAGGUGUUAAAGAUAUUGUGGAUCGAGUAUUCACGGAGGGUGCGGGAUUUCCAGACCCCCCUGUUGGCAAGGAUUCCUUCCAAGACCCAUUUCAGGAUGCAGGCACAAAAGUCCCAGUAGGCGUUGCCGAUCUUAGGAAACGCAAUGCCAUCAACAGAUUGCGCGAGAUGGUCGACGCAAGCGACGAACACGACCGCUGCGCUACUGACUGCUUCGCUUCAUAUCCUCUCCAAUCUUACCAAGAUGACACAUACCUGUCUAAACCGAAUGCAGCCUAUGACUGGCUCCAUUUCCACGACUCUCUAUCAUCCAAGGUAUUCUCACAACAAUCCUGGGAACUCACUCCGUACCUCAGCCAGUCCACCCUAGCCUUCCAUCACCUAUUCGCAUCUUCAAGGGGCAAGAGAAACUUCUCAGAAAAGAAGGACGAGGAAGACGAGGAAGAACACCCUUUCACCGGUCCCCGAGCUGAAUUCGCAGCCUUCGAGGCCCAGAAACAAAAUCGGGCUAUCCUUACCGGGUUUCACUCCUCUUUCCCUGCGCCUUUGAUUAGAUUAUUCCGAUCGACAGACUGUGUCGUUAUGGACCUCAUUCCCAAUCUCCUGCGGAUGCUGUCUCCCGAUGUGAAGCCGGUUGUUGUUCGUGGUGGUGGAGACUCGAAAAGUGUAGCUAGUGUUCGCAAAGAGAGCGAGCGUGUGCUCAUUCAACUAGCUGUGCGGGUUAUGGCCGGGCUAGGCGUGACGUUUGAAAAAGUGCGAGUCGAAGGCGAAGGCGGUGCUCAUAGCGGAUGGGCGUACAGAAUGGAGCCACCCAUCGACUCCCUCGUCUCAUUCUCCAAAACAAACGGAACCACAAUGUCAAGCAGCGGCUCCGCCCCCGUCCGCUACGCCAUCCGCCAAGUCCUCGACCAGGAAUACCGCAAGGAAACAAUGCGCAAACAAGCAGAAGCACUGAACUCAUCCAAUCUCAACAAAUCCAGCAAGACAGCCGACCAAAAGAAAACACCCACCAAAGACACCGUCAAAGAUUUGAGCGUCAAGCGCGAUUUCUUCGGGAGAAUCAUCCAGCAGCCAUCACCGCCUACGAAGGGUGAUUCGAAUGAAAGCCAGCCGGUGCAAAAUGAAGAGUCCAAGGCUGGGAGAAAGGUCUGGGUGACGUACCAUGAUGGCUUCUCGAAUGCGGUUCGCAAGCCGAUUUCGAUGGGCGAGUUGAUGGCUGGGUUAUAG